AUGUUACGAGCAUGGAUGGCUGAUAAUAAAUCCAAGAAGUGGAGCGUUGGAUUAAAUUUUGUUCAAUUCCAAAAAAAUAGUUCAUUUCAUCGAAAAAUUGUACGUAGCCCUUAUAAGGCUUUAUUUGGAAAUGACCCAAAAAUUGGACUAAGUACAUCAAAUUUGCCAUCUGAUCUAUUGAAAAAAUUAACAACAGAAGAAGAUCUCGAACAUAUAUCUCAGAUAAAGGAAACUAAAAAACGCUCAAUUGCCUGCAGCAUUUGUAAAGUUGAUGUGGAUUUGGCACUAUCGGAGAUUGCUGAAAAUAAUGAAAUUAUUUGCCAAUUAUGCGAUUCAAGCAAAAAUAUACAAAUUCAACGUGAACUUGGACAUGAAGUUCAAAUUAUAGCUGCAGAGAAAAUGAUCAAGGGAAACAACAAAAAAACGGACGAUUUUGAAAUAAAUCAAUGUGUUGUAUUUGGAGUACCAAAAGUUGAUAUUGGACCUACAGAUCCCCCAAACAUAAUUUGUGUGAUCACGGAACAAAAAAAAAAGGAUUACAUAAACUUGGAACAAAAUAUGGUUUACUCAAAUCGAUGUCAUAAUCAAUCGUCGUGUAAAAAUAAAUAA